AAAUCAUUGAGAAACACUGACUGUCCAACUUACAGUAAUCUUAGAUGUCAAUCAAAGUCUGAAGCAUGCGCACUUGUGGCUUCUUUUUCCAAGAAACCGCGCAAAGAUCAGCCAGGCGUUAAGUUCUCCUUAGUUAACAAGCUAGCAGCAGAACACCUUGAACAGGCGGCCAAUAGGACAUGCAAGCACAACCAGUCCCAGGGCAGUAAACCACCACCAUGCCAACAACCGAGAGACGAAACUCCGAGCGUAUCUUGCUGUGUGUCACUGUGUCUGUUGUGCUUCUAUUUGUGGUGUUAACGACAGUGUUUAUUGCACUACAAGGAAGACAAGCAAUUGCACAGUCCGCCAGGAUGGACGAACUAGAAGGAUCGAUUCGUCGCCUAUCUCGGCGCGUUGACGUGCUAGAGAAGGAACUCCUUACAGCUCGCGACCAUCCAUCGAGGGACGAGGGUGGGAGAGGUGAUGCUAACACGGAGACGAGACGCAAGGACAUCUCCACUGAUCCUACCGCGAGGAAGAGAAGACAGUUUUCAUCGUACUGUCCCUGUGUGCAAGGACCCCCUGGACCCCCUGGUCCCCCCGGUAAGCAGGGCCCCCCCGGAUCUAAAGGUGACAAGGGAGAUACAGGAUCCAAAGGUAAACACUCUAAUACCCCCCAUGGAAAUCCCCCAUGA